UGUCGUUGACUUCCUGUGUGUGUGGCAGUUCUUGUCGUUGGUCCCACCAGUGUCUCAUCAGCCAAUUACUCAAGUCUGCAGUUGUCAGCUUGUCUCUGCAGCUGCUGGAUUUUUCUCUGUUCUGACCGAAGACUCCGGCUUUCAAGUGAAGACAAGAAGUGCUGACUCGUCACAGCAUGGUUCGAUCAACCAGAAGAGGAAACAGAAGUCGUUCUUCUUCCCACAGAGAUGGUUGGUGGUCGUCUUCGUCGCCUGAGCUGCUGCCUCACACACAGCCAGCUGCUGUUUCUCGUGCUGCUUCUCGGGGUUUGCUUCCAUGAUGUGGAGGCUUCCAGCUGUGACCUCACUGUCCAGAAACAAGUUGGAGACACCGUGGAGUUUUCAUCAUGCUUGUCACCUGGUGAUGUCGUCGCCUCAGCAAAGUGGAAAUUUAAUGAUAUAUUGAUUGCAGACAUGAAUGGGGUGGUUAUAAAUAAACAUACUCAGUUUAGAGACAGAGUAAAGUUGAACCUCGGAAACUUUAGUUUAACAGUGAACAAACUGACUCUUCAAGAUUCUGGUACUUUCAAAUUUAUGUCAAUGGUAAACGAUCGGCAAAGAGAAUCAGUCUUCAUCCAUCUACAAGUUCACGAGCCCUUCACUCCACCCGUCCUCCGAAUCAACUCCACCUGGCUCCCUUCCAACGAGUCCUGCACAGUUUCACUGGAGUGCGUUUCAGCCUCUGACAGCAAAGUCACCUACAACUGGACCGUGAGGAACCAGACCACAAGCGGCUCCAGGCUGCAGUUCACCAUCAGGCGGCAGGACGGGGACACCGAAGUCACCUGCACCAUCUUCAACCAUGUCAGUGAACGAUCUGCAUCUGAAACAGUGACGUGUGACGACAACGUGAAGAAAGAAACGAAGAAACCAGAAAACCUCAUCUUGUUGGUGGGAUCGGUGGCAGGCAGUUGCUUUAUCUUUGGCCUCGUGGUCGUUAUCCUUGUAUGUCACUACAAACAGAGACCAGCUGGCAACGACUCAGACGACCAGACGGUGUACGCUGUCAUCACCGAUGUUGCAGGAGCUCAGGAGUGUGCACAUUCAAACGACCAGAGGACAUCGAGGAAGUGCUCGUUGUAUGAAACCGUGGCUGAGCCCGCCAACGCAGUCAAACCGGGAGUGAGAGCAAAGCCUAACACUGUGUACGACCAGAUUCAGCUUGGUCGCAUGAAGGAGGCCCCGGUGUGCUCCCACCAGGACCGGCAGGGGAUCAAGACGUGAAUGUUUAAAGUCCAGUUUUUUUAAACUUUCAUUUUGGACCUGUGAGAUUUUUGCACCUUUUGUUUAACAGGAUUUUAUCAAAGUAUAUUAUUAGAAACAAUGCAUUACUAUAUCAUUCCAAAUCCAGAAUAAUUGAAAUGCAACGUUACUGAAAUUCAAUCUGUGCUGUAAAUUCUGUAAAAACAGAGAAUAUAUUGUGCAUUUUAUUUGGAUUGUGUACAAAGUUGGUUUUAUUUCCUGUUUCCAUGUACUUGUGUCUUUUAAUGUUUUUUAAAGCUUUUAUUUAAUGAGUAACCAGUUU